GAUUUGCGCGGUUUAAGGGUUAAAGUUCUUUCUGAGAUUAGGUUAUGGCUAGUGAAGCUAUAUGACAUAUUAACUCUUGUGUUUGCAUUUUCUGUAUUUCUUUAUUUUUAACUGCUAUAUAUUUGAAUUUAUAUACAACAGUUAUUCAGUUUACUCUGACUUUUUAACCUAAUUUAUGGCAUUUCUUAGGUGGCACAUAUUCCAGUAGUUUGGAUAUGGCUGGUACUUCAGUGCUAAUCAUACCCAUACCAGAGGGCAAUAUGUACACCUAUGCUCUUAAUAUGCAUAUACAGUGUUUGAUGCCUGAUUGUAUUUAUGAUUCAGAUGAACAAGGCUCUGUUCUCCAUAUGGACAGUUAUGACGUUUCAACUUGUGGAGCCUCUACCACAACCUGUGGCAGUACCAUUACCGUACUUCCAGAGACGGACUCGCAUGGUGAAAAGGGGACACCAGAACCUGUACUUGAUGAUGUCGAGGAUGCUGAUCAGUUAAGCCAUGAAUACAUGCUUAGACGCAGUCAGACGUGCAGAUAUACCAGCUCUGAAAUGACUGAGGAUGAAAUCAAAGAGUUCAUCAUCAAAACUUUUCAUCCAUUCGAAAAUUGGACACCAGGAAUGGAACAUGAGGAUGUCGAAGCUGCCGGUUUAUCGAGUGGGGAGGUUGAAUUCCAUCUGUCGUGCAGAGAAACUGAAGAGUUGGCGAAUUGCAGAAGUGAAUCUCAUAGAAAUGCUGUUGAUAGAGUAAAACGGUUGAAAAAAGCAUAUAAGUUUGCAAUGAAGUGCAUAAACAUCUAUGAAAAGAUGCACACUCAGCAAAAAACUGAGUUAAAAGAACUUGAAAUGCAGCUCACAAGAAAAGAGCAGGAGCUGCUGGAGGAGAGAAAAAAGAUCAUCAAGCUAGAAAACAAGCUGAAGAUGAGUGGGCAGUAUGCUAUGAGCCAGCCACAACCACCACGAUAUCCUGGCCAACAGAUGAUGGGCCCAGGCACCAUGAUGCGACAUGUGACUCCAGCAGGGGGUCAGAUGGUCGGUCAGACUGGCCAGAUGAUGUCUCGUCCACCACCGCCCGAAUAUCGGCAAGUUACACUAUUGCAGCAGCAGCAACAGAUGAUGGGUCAACCUAUGCCCCAGCCAAUGUCCCAGAUGGGUCAAAAUAUGGGUCAGAUGAGCUACCAAGGCAUGCGACCAAAUAUGAGACCAGGUAUGGUUAGUGGCCCUAUGGUCAAUAUGGGGACAAGUCAAAUGAUGGGUGGUAUGACACAGCAAACAUUACCCCCUAAUAUGCCCACCAUGAAGCCUGGUAUGGUACCAACUACAACCAUGAAUCCCACAUCUAGUAUGCCAAGUAGUACCAUUACUGGGGCUUCCAUGCCUACCAUGAGUGUGGGGACUAUAUCAGCUAGUAACAUGAGUAAUAGCCUAGGUCAAGUCAGCACAGCCGGUACCAUGGGUAUGGUUAGUCGCACACCCAUGGCCACUGGUGGCAUGUUACAAAGACCUCGACCACCUAAUGUUAACAUUGGCCCAGGACCUGGUGGACUCAAUAUUGGAACACAGAUGCCUCCUUCAAGACCUGAAUGGCGCCAGAUUAUGAUGCAGGGCAGCCAGGGUAACAUGCAGAUGAUUGGACCAAUGAGGCCAGGAUAUCCUCAGCAACAACCACAGCAAGUGCCAAAACAAGAAGGUACAGAUAGCAGUGAAGAGGAAAUGGCCCAACAAAAGUCUCAUUAGCUUGUCAAUCACAUGAUUGACUGCUGUGAAACACAGAUAAAUAAUUAAGGAUAAACCAUCCACCAGCACCAGAAGAUCUGAAGAGUGACUGUUUACAAAAAUCAUCCUAUUAUCAUAUUUUGAAAUGUAAUUUUUGCUCCUACUAAGCCAAAUUAUUAUUUCUCUUUUCUUUUAUUGAAAGGUGCAUAUUGAUACUGAGAAUCUUGAGGAUUCUCAGCAAUAAUAGAGGCAUUAUCUAGCAGGUGCCAAUAGCUUCAAUGAAUAGUUUCGAUCAGGAACUAUAUUUAUACUAUUACAGGUAUUAGUAAUGUUUGAUGGUAAAUUAUAUCUCCUACAAUAUAACUACAGAGCUAUGAAAACAUUUUGAAAAUAUAAGCUUAAUAUUUUUAAUUGUAAUUUUUUUUUUUUUUUUUGGUAGAAAGCUGUCAAAAUACCGAGUUUAUUAGGAAACUUGAGAAACGCAUAUAAAAUAAGUAGUUUUCUGGGGGAGCCCUGUCGGCUCCCCGGAGCUAUCCCAGGCUGAUAUGCUAAUGUCAGACUUUGGCAUCAGUCAUGUAUAUGGAGUUCUUAGGCCUACCAGGGAACC